CAGUCGUUCGCGUCGGUCGAUCGGUUUGCCAGUCGCUGCGCGAAAACGAAGCCGAAGACGCAAACGCAGACACGAACAGCAACUGCAACAACAAUAUAUUUUUUCGUAACGGGCCUAAGCAAACGCACACGCACAGGCAUCGCAACGCAAGUGCUGCGCGCGGCUGCAGUCGCUCGUGUAAACGAAUACAAGUUUUUGCUGUUCGCGCUACAACUCUAGCUGAAUGCGUUUGCGUGGGCGGUGACCAUGCCCAUUUGCAAAAGUACGCCAGCGAUGGCAACGAGCAAGAAGACGGCCUCGGAUAUAUCCUCGGAUCACGUGACGGAGGCGGCGCAGGUGAAGCGGAUUAGGGAACAGGCUUACUUCAAUUCGUACGACUUUGAUGCAAUCGAAGUGCUGCCCUACGACGAGGACAACGACGAGGAGGAGGAGGAGGAGGAGGAAGAGGAGGAGGAAGAUGAAGAUAGCAACAGGCACGCCCCCAUCAAAUACGCCUACUUGCAGAGAUUGGGCGCAUUCUUCAACCAGAAAUCGAUGGCAGACAAAACGAACGCAGCAACGACAGCAGCAACUGUUGCUGCUGCAACGACAACAACUGGCAAAGAGAUAGCAACCAUUGCUGGUGCAUCGACAACCGCUGCGCCUGCAACAAAUGAAAACUUUUUACUGCCGCGCGCCAUGCUGAAGUAUUCAUAUCACAGCAGCAAUGCGACAACUUCAAUGCCAUUGACAGCAUCGCUCGAUGCUCGAGAAACAGCCGGGACAUCUCUGAGCCGCUCGAGCGAUAUAAAGCCAAGUGUGGCAGCAUCAGCGAUACGGAGCAAGAAACGAUCCACAGCAUCCAAUGCCAGCAGCACACAGACCACAGACUCCGGACUGGGCAACAGCACAGCGCCAGCACCAGCAACAGCCACAGCAGCAGCAGCAGCACCAGCCCCAACAGCAGCAACUGGCGCAGCAACUGCUCGGGCAACUGCCUCACAUUAUUCGACAGAUAAAAGCGGCUCGUCUGGUUAUUAUAGCUCGCACGUAUGCUCCACUUACUCGCUGGACGAGCAUAUCUAUUGCGAACCGGUCAUAGAUAUCCUAGAAGCGAGCGAGCCAGAGAAGAGCGGCAAGUCAAUCGCAGCCAAGCAGCGGCCCCAGCUGCAGCUGCCGGGCAAUGAGAAGGCGAUUAGUCAGCAUUUGGCUAUGCAAGAUGCGGCAGCUGAGCAGGUGCUGGCCACGACACCUGAGCUGGCUCACAAUGGACAGCAGCAGCAGCAACAACAGCAGCAGCAGCAGCAGCAACAGUUGCCGCUCUACAGCGACAAGCUGCGAAUUCUGGAGACGAGCAUUGAGAACUUGGAUAGACACUUGAAGAGCUUUCCCGCUCUGUCCUACAUGCAGCAGGACAAAACGGCAGCAGCAGCAACAGUUGCCCCCACCCUGGAUAUUGGGGAGAAGCUGCGCGUCUACAAUCAGCUGCCCACGAUUAGGGAGGGCUAUGCGACACAGAAACACCAGCAGCAUCAGCACCAGGAGCAGGAUCAAGUGGACGAUUCCCUGAUGGACAUCGAUUUAGAUGCAUUUCUGCUGCAGCCCAAGCAGCAGCAACAUCCCAGACAGCAGCAACAGUCGCUGUCAGGCAUUGACAAUCCAAGUUUUCAGCAUGACUUGCAACAGCAGCAGCAGCAGCAACAGCAUCCCAGACAGCAGCAACAAUUGCUGUCAGGCAUCGAUAAUCCAGGCUUUCUCAAUGAUUCGCAGCAGCAGGAAAAGCAGCCACAACGAUUGCAGUUAAGCCAACAGCAAUUGCUGUCAGGUCUUGACAACCUCAACGAUUUGCAGCUCGAAGAAAAUAAUUACAAAUGUGCCAAAUAUAUAAAUUCCUGUCCGGAGAAUGCCUAUCGAGUGGAGCACUCGAACUCGACGAACUCAUCGUCGGCCUAUGCCAAGCGCUACGAGGAUCAGCUGCACUUCCAGAGCACCCGGGAGCUGCUCGAGGAUGUGCGGGACAAGAUACGCCACCUGACGCCGACACCCACCACGCACAUACCUCAGGAGCUGGAGGGCAUGAUAGAGACGCUGAAGAACGAGCUCGAGUCCUAUUUGCAGCGCAUGAACCAGCACAGCGAACUGGAGCUGCGCCAGCUGUGCAGCGGCUUGGGGCGGCAGCAGCAUGUGGUGCGGCUACAGAAUGCACUCGAGCGGAGGCGCAGCUAUGCCGGAGACUCACAGCUGAAUCCCUACGAAUCGGUGAGAGACGGUGUCCUCAUCUCGGCGAGGGAACAGAUUAUGACCAUUCGCUGUGCCAGUGAUCCGAACUUCAAAAUGAAACGCAAGUCCAUCACUGAGAUCUUUCCGCUGGCUGAGUGCUAUGUCGAGUCGACGGCCACGCCCACACCCACACCUACGCCCACGCCGACAACGACGCCCACUUUGACGCCGUCGCCCACCCCCGUGGAGCUAAAGACGACAACAACCACGACAAUGAUCACCCAGAUGCAACGUAACCUCACCUUCCAUGCGAAUCAGUCGAGGUCGCGGCUGGGCAACAGCAUGGACAAGCUGGACGACAGCACUGCGGAGUGGCACCGCAAGAAGCCGAGCAUCUGGGAGAUGUACUACGGCACGAAUCGCAUGCACCAAUCGCUGUUGGGCAAGCAGCGGCAUAGCGCAGUCGGCGGCGGGGGCGGAGCAGGAGGCAGCGCUGAGCUGGUCAUCAGCAGUGCACAUCCAACAUUGUCCUACCCAUCAUCUCGACCCGAAUCAGACUUUACGCUCGACUUGCCGCGCGCCGAGCAACUGCGCUUGAAAAUGGAAAAGGAGAAGAAAUUCCGCCAAAGAUGUCGCCUGAUAACAACAUUUCUAAGUCUCGUAUUUUUUCUGUUAACCGUUAUGGUUGUCAGUUUGGUAUUAACGCGCGGCAAACGCAUGUUUGGCAGCAUGAUAUAGUCUGUCGGCCCAAACCUAACUGAACAUUAGCAUAAACGUAUAUAUCUAAAUAAACUACAAAAAUAUUGAAGUGCCGUAGUAAUCGAUAGAUUUGCAUUAAGCAGCUACACAAAA